AUGAACUUAAAGUUUGUGUCGCUAUACUGUGCUCUGAUUGUAAUUAGCUUGGUUGGAGCAACUGGCAUGUAUGAUGAUAUAAUUGCGUAUAUUAACACACCUCCAAUGGAUGAAUACACCAAAUGGGUGUUUGCUAUGGCCAAAAAACUACUCAAGAGAGAUUUAGAGAAGAAAAUGGUGGCUAAUGGGCUAAAAGAGUUCGAAAUAGUUGAUGAUACAACAAAUUACAGUUUGACUCUGUAUAAUGGUAUGACGAAGAGAAUUGGCUUUAAAACCUGGAAGCUUAAACUCAAUCCAGACACGCCCUAUACUGGCGAUAACAAUUGCAGUAUUACCUUCUUCUAUCUGACCAAACCUCACAAUCGGGCCGGCCUAAAAGAGAAAAUCCAGCGAGCUUUUCCGACUGAAUUGAUCGAAUUGUCCAAAAUUGAAGAAGAUCUGGUGGUUUCUGGGGCAAUAACGGAUAAAAGAUCACCCAAUCUUAAUAUUAUACUGCAGUGCUUUUACCAUACACACCCCUCUCUUCAAAUCCGAGUAACAUGGGUGAAUUAUAGCAGCCUUAAAGAAGAAACUACACCUCCAACCAUCCGCAAGCCAGAGGAUAUCCCGGAAGAUGCCGAGAUCUGUGGAAUACUUUUUGAUAUUUGUAUAAGUGAACAUCUUGAUUUCUGGCAGCCAGUUUUUGAUAAUCUCAAAAAAACACGUUCCAUCAAGUUUAUCAGAAAUAAUAUCACUUCUACUGAUUGCUAA